UUUCCAUGGCGACGAGGCCCACGCACCUCAACUGCUCCACAACUGUCGAGUCCCAGACUUCGGCCCCAACCGCACCUCAGCGCCGGCUGCGGCCCGGGGUCAGCGGAACCCCGCCUUUUCUGGCCCCGACAUGAGCGACCUGGAGCUGCUGCUGCCGGGGGAGGCUGAGGUGUUGGUGCGGGGGCUCCGCAGCUUCCCGCUGCUCGAGAUGGGCUCCGGAGGGUGGAACCAGCAGCAUGAGAGCCUGGAGAAGCUGAACAUGCAGGCCAUCCUGGAUGCCACGGCCAGCCAGGGGGAGCCCAUCCAGGAGCUGCUGGUCACCCACGGGAAGAUCCCCACGCUGGUGGGGGAGCUGAUCGCCGUGGAGAUGUGGAAGCAGAAGGUGUUCCCUGUGCUGUGCAAACUGGAGGACUUCCAGCCCCAGAACACCUUCCCCAUCUACAUGGUGCUGCACCACGAGGCCUCCGUCAUCAACCUCCUGGAGACCGUGUUCUUCCACAAGGAGGUGUGUGAGUCCGCAGAGGACACCGUCUUGGACCUGGUGGACUACUGCCACCGCAAACUGACCCUGCUGGUGGCCCGGAGCGGCAGCGGCGAGCCCCCGGAGGAGGAGGAGGCCGAGCACGUCCCUCCCAUGAAGGAGCUGCAGACGCAGGCCGAGCUGAUGGAAUUUGAGAUCGCACUGAAGGCGCUCUCCGUGCUCCGCUACGUCACGGACUGCGUGGACAGCCUGUCCCUGAGCGCCCUGAGCCGCAUGCUGAGCACCCACAACCUGCCCUGCCUCCUGGUGGAACUGCUGGAGCACAGUCCCUGGACCCGGAGGGAAGGAGGCAAGCUGCAGCAAUUUGAGGGGGGCCGUUGGCAGGCCGUGGCCCCCUCCGAGCAGCAAAAGAUGAGCAAGUUGGACGGGCAGGUGUGGAUCGCCCUGUACAACCUGCUGCUGAGCCCUGAGGCCCGGGCCCGCUACUGCCUCACGAGCUUCGCCAAAGGACAGCUGCUCAAGCUUCGGGCCUUCCUCACAGACACUCUGAUCGACCAGCUGCCCCCCCUGGCAGACCUGCAGGGGUUCCUGGCCCACCUGGCCCUGGCCGAGCCUCAGCCCCCUAAAAAGGACCUGGUGUUUGAGCAGAUCCCCGAAAUCUGGGAGCGGCUCGAGCGGGAGAACAAAGGCAAGUGGAAGGCCAUGGCCAAGCACCAGCUGCAGCACGUGUUCAGCCCCUCGGAGCAGGACCUGCGGCUGCAGGCGCAGAGGUGGGCUGAGACCUACAGGCUGGAUGUGCUGGAGGCCGUGGCUCCAGAGCGGCCCCGCUGUGCCUACUGCAGCGCAGAGGCCUCCAAACGCUGCUCGCGAUGCCAGAAUGAGUGGUACUGCUGCAGGGAGUGCCAGGUCAAGCACUGGGAGACGCACCGGAAGGCGUGCGUCCGGGUAGCCCCGGGUGACAGAGUGAAGUGAGCCGCAGCUGCUGAGCGCCCCCGCAGGGCCAUGCCACCCGCCAGAGGGGCGCCUGAGCCUCGGGGUGAGGAGAGCAGGCAGCCCCGUGCUCCCCCGCUUCCUGCCCCACCCAGCGGGCAGGCUCAGGGCGCUGCCUCAGCCGGGGCAGAAGGCCGCCUGGGCGGGCGAGGGCGAGGGCGAGGACCGGAUGUGGGGACCCUCUUCCUCCCGCUCGGUAAAGCUGCUCUCCAGAAACGCG